AUGGCCGAAGGUGUUCGCCGAUGGCAUUCGGCGGUUGAACGAAUGGUGGAUGAGCCCUGGCGUGGGCGAAUCAAGGCUUUCCUGCAAGAUCACCAUGCGGCUGCCCACUUGCUUCGGCGAGAGGGGAAGGUGAUCGUGUCGGGAUUGGUUGCGCUGGCUACUGAUGCUGCACUGGAAGUGGAUCCAUAUGAGUUCAAUCCUGGAAGAGGGUAUGUCGUGCCUACCAAGGGAUUGCCGCGUGUGCGGUUGAUGGUGCCUGAGUUGGGCAACAGAGCCACUACUCCUGCUAUUGGAGACCAUGUCACAUGCAUUGGCACACAGCUGGCUAAUGAUCAGUGGGAGGCGCUCACAUUGGGGAUGGAUACUGUGAUCGUCUUCCGCCCGAAGUUUGUUGCCUCUGAACCACUGCACAUUGUGCGCCUGUUUGCGGGAGCGUAUGGGGGCUGGACCCGAGCAGCACACUGGCUAUCUACAGUGUUGCCAGAUCUCCAGGUCGGCCAUGAACUCUUUGUGGACAACGACGAGCGAAUCAUGGAGGUUUGGAGCACUCAGCACGGCAUUCCCCAUCGCUGUGGACGCACGCCUGGCUCCAUCACUGUUGAUUUGACAUUGAAAGCUGGUGUAUGCACAGGAGUGGACGACACGUCACUGUUGAAUGCUUGGCCGCGCAAGGUCAAUUCCAUUUCGACAGCAUCGCCGCCGUGUGUCUCCUGGUCCCACGGAGGGAAAAAGCAGGGGCUCUCAUGCAGUAGUGGAUUUGCCAUGAUCGAAACGGUCAUGUUGAUUGAAAUUCAGCAGCCAUUGCUCCUCUUUUUAGAAGGAGCCGAUACAACUGUUUCCCAUGAGCACUUCCCCAUCCUUGAAGCUUUGAUGAACCUCAUUGGAUUUCACAAAGUUUGGCAACAAGUUGUUCCUUCGCGCCACCUCUCGCACAACCAACGAUCCAGAUGGCUUGCUGUGUGGGCCCGAUGUGAUUUAGGGAUCGCACCUCAUGAGACGGUUUUUGACCUCAGGGCCCCACCCCUUGUGUUGUGGAGUGAUGACACCAACGCCUUUUGGACACCUGAGUCCUUCCACAAGCAGCUCUGCCUUGCACCUGAGGCUUUGAGUAAAUAUGGUAAUCCUGGACUUUUGCCGCCCGCCAAACGUGCCAGGACGAUCCCUUUGACCACAGUCGAGGUGCUGAACCUGAGGCUUGUUCGGCAAGCCUGGGAUGCCCGGCUCACCAGCCACAAUGCCCUGGUUCAGGUCUUUGAGCGGUGGUUGACCAUUGCUAAGGUCUUGUCUGACAUUCCGAUUGUUGAUGCACUUGCCAUCACCUCGCAGAUUUCGUGCUCGGUGUGGACUUCUCCUCUCCUGUUGAUCCGGCCUGCUGGACACUCCGUCAUUGUUGUGCCCAAGCAGAUCUCCAGAUCCACGCCCAUCGUCACCAACGAAGGCGACUUUCAAAUCGCCAACCACAACAACCAGCCGUGUACAAUGGGCGACAUUCACCUUGCCAAUGGUGACUGGCUCCUCAUCGAGCCAAUACCCAAACCUGUUGCAGCUGGUGGCCAUCACAGAUGGACAACCAAUCCGGAGACACUUGCUCGUGGAGCUUCGUUCACCAGCAGGAUCAGUUUCUGCAUCAACACUCAUGGGUGGGCAGCCUCAGACGAGAUUCAUGCUGCUAUGAUGUGGCUUCUUGCUCGCUUUCCGGAAACCAUUGCUGAGUUCAAUGUACUCUGUUGGCGCUCUAGCGAACAUGAAUUCAAUGAUGAGCUGUACGGUGAGCCAAGGUUCGCUGACAAUGGGCGAACGGUUACAGCACUGCUUGUUGACAACCACUGGGCAGCAAUUGAGAUCAAUCGAAUUGGGACCCAUACGCAAAUUCAUGUCUUUGGACUCGGUGCUGGACUGGCUCAACGGGCGCUGCUCAUCAUGUGCAGAUGCAUUGAUGUUGCACCUCAUCGUGUUCAACAGCACAUUCACUCGGCCAUGCCGCCAGAACACUUAUGUGGAUGGUUCUUGCUACAAAGAUACUACACGCUUUGCCGGGCACUGCACCAGCUUCCUGAAUACUUUGACCUCUUCAAUGACCUACCACCAUUUCGACGAGCUGAGAUUCGUGAGGCUUGGGAAUCAAGUCAAGAAGAAUGGAGGAGGGCUGGAGCUUCAGACAACCUCAUUCUCUUUGCGACCACGCUCCGAACACAUUUUCUUGUGCGUUUGGCUGCCACCGCGACAGAGACCUCAUCAGUUGUCAACGUGCCCCUGCAUGUCGAGUUCCCUGCUCAAGCACCACCUACUGCAAGACCACCUUCUGCAACGCAUGAUGCAGUUGAUCCACACAGGACUACCACUGCUACGCUUGCCAAUUCAACUGCCGUUGAUGUUCAGCAUUGCCCAGUUGAGCAACCUGACAGGAUUCGAUCUCGCCUGUUGGAGUGCUUUCACCGACCAGGAUGGCUCUCCUCUGACACUUUGGACCAUGCGUUGGACUUCUUGCGUUGGCAUCACUUUCACAUUUGCUUCUGCCCACCUGCUCUUUGGCAUUCGGACACUCAGAGCCUUCACUUCUUUGCUGGUCUUGAUAGUCUGCAUGACACUUUUGGUCACCUCUUUCUGUCUGUGCUCUGGAACGACCACUGGAUCUUGCUCGAGGUGCAUGUUCAUGAGUGGGAAGCCAGCAUACAGACCGUUGGCCCUGUUGAGAUCCUGCCUGCGUUGCGCCGCAUUGUCACUGCUGCGUGCCAACUCCUGCGUCUACACAACAUUGUCAUCAAUAGUGCAGCCACUCAUUUUGACACCGCAGUCGGUCUUUGUGGUUGGUCUCUCCUUCGCACACUAUUCCGCCGUUUUCAGGUCACCUUUCCUCCUUUGAGCCAACCCUGGCUUGCGGCUUUGCGGGUGCACAGGCAUCACAAUCUAAUCCGACAGGUCCAAGUUACUGAGGCACGUGCUUGGGAAGCCAAUGGUGAUCAUGACCUGCUUCAAUUUGCUUCAGCUGCGGUCUUGGACUUUCUGAUCAGGAUUGUUCAGAAUCGUUUCCCUGAUGAGCGUGCCACGGGAGGCGCAUUGACUGAUGCCACUGGAUCGCCUUUAUCGGUGCUUCAAUUUGGCAGUGAAGAGCCUUCCUCUCCUCAACAGAGGGUUCUUGCCCGCCUUGCCCUCUUUGACCUUCACCCUGGGUGGCUCUUUUCUGACACGGCUGAUUACAUCCUGGAUUUCCUGCGUGAGGCGGACCCUGACAGUGUUUACCUUCCUCCCACGCAAUGGAAUUCUGAUGGUGUAACCUCCUUCAACGAUCUGUGUGCGCCGCUCUCCGUUGCACAGAAGUGCAUAGGCCUCCUUCUCUGGGACCACCACUGGAUCCUGUGCGAGUUUCAGUCAACAGUGUGCGCUCAAUGGCUCUUCCUGACGGGGCCUCCUGAAUUACGCCCUGUUGCUGUUCAAUGUGCAAAUGCCCUGUGCCAGCACCUUGCCAUUGCACCAACACCUCAUGUUGUGUGUCGUGACUUCUCUGCUGAUCCUCACCUCUGUGGAUGGACUUUGCUCUGGCUGUGUUUUGAAAAAGUUGGCAUCCAGGUUCACUAUCCUGGACCGCUGCAGGAGGCUUCCUUUCUCCGCAGUGUGCACCAUGUAGACAUACAAAGAGUUCUCACCAACGCGGCCACAGCGUGGCAACAGCCCACCAUGCACCAAGCUGCAUUCUUUGCAAUGCGGUUACUCCCUUGGCACAUCCUCCAAGUGCUCCAAGGCCGAUUCCCAGCCCACCAAGCAGCUGGAGGAGCAGGUGAAGCCAAGGCUGCUGCCAAACCCAAGAACAGUCAACAGACUGGCACUGAUCCCCUCAUGAAGCAUGACCCCUGGGCCAAAGCUGCGGCUGCCUCCUCUAGGUGGGAGGACCUCAAAUUGGAAGACAAGCACCCGUUCCAGGACAGCAAAGGGGAGCAACUCAUCCAGUUCCACAGACUGCAAACCACGCCGUCCACCAAGGGAGUUGUCCUUGUAUCCGUGUACGGAUUCCGGCGCAACAAACACACAACCUCGACACGUGAAGAUGACCAGUUACAGGUGAUUGCCAAACUGCCAAGUGCGGCUCGACAGCCACUGCUCACAGUCAGUGGGCACCAAGGUAUCCUCCUGCGUGAUUUCCUUGAUGCAGGUUCUCAGCCGAUUGACACGUCUGUCAUCCCGAAGUUUUGGGAGGUAAGCGUGAGAGGCCUGAGGGAACUCAACAUUGGCAUUGAUGGGGUCAAGGGAGUUGCUGGAGCCAUCCUCACCCGAAGAGGAUUAGCUAUCAGGGCAUGGACCACACACAUCGCUGAAGUGCGACGCAACAUGCUGCCCAAUGAUUCCCGCCUGAACGAUACCAACAUGGGAGUGGUACCCCGCUUCAUGAUGGAUGCUUCCGGCUGGCCACCAGGGGCCUGCCCAGGUGACGUCAUUGAGUCCGUCACCAAAGCCGUCAGCCAACCUCCAAUUCCAACCAGAACAUUCCGUUCUGCGGGUGUUCACACUUGGCAGUUGGGAUUCCAAUCGUUGCCCGAUAUCCAGACCUUCACAGUCAAGAUCAACGGAGCUCUUCACCAAAUCCUGUUAACACCUACCCCUCACAAUGUCAAAGGAGGAGGGAAGGGCAAACAGAGGCAACCUAAGAAAGCCAGUGCCAAAGAGGACAACCAUGGGGCACCAACGGCCACGAUCGCCACAGCCACGGCUCACCAGGACAAGAAGAGGAUUGACCAGCUUGAGACUCGCUUUGAGUCGUUGCAGAAGCAGGUAUCGGGCAUUGAAAACAAACAGACCACACUUGAGAGCAAACUUGACCAGCGCUUCAAUGACAUCGGUGAUACCUUGCGACAAUUGGUGCAACUCAGCACCACUAGAACCCAUGAACCUUGCGGCGAGUCACCGCCGCCUAAAACUCAGCGAACUCUGUGA